ACUAAACAUAUAAAAAGUUCUAUUGAGCGCGCAUGUAAACUGUCCGUCUGUGAGCUCUCGAGUGAGCUCCCUGACUCCUGUGCGUCUACUACAAGUUACAACUCCUCAGUAGUAUUCUAACCGUGCACGGAGAAGCACAUUGCACCGCGCACACCAUGUGAUAUAUGUGAAUUUGAAAAUCCCUAAAUUUGUGAAUAAAACUAACAUGCCACAGAAAAUGUUGGCUAAAUACACCCUAGCCCUGAGUUUACUGGGUGCUGUGACAAGUUAUGAUUUUCUUGACCAAGGAGAAAAAUUUCGUGAAAGCACUGUUUUAAACUCGUCAGUUCCACUUUUUAGAGGAAACACAACACAUAGAGAUUAUUUUAAAUUACUCCGAGAAGACACAGGAUCUGUGCUGGUCGGAGCUAGAAAUAUUAUUUAUAAUCUAAGUCUGGUUGAUCUCACAGAGAAUAUACAGGAGCGUAUCUACUGGGAAAGCAGUGAGGUAGAUAGAGAACUGUGUUUACUCAAGGGGAAAGGAGAAGACGAUUGUCAAAAUUAUAUCAGACACUAUACCAACAGUGGAAAUGGAUAUGAAGUAAUAAAGCAGUUUAGCGGUAAAGGAUAUGCUCCCUACGAUCCAAAACAUAAUUCUAGUUCACUUUUCACAGGUGGAGACCUCUAUGCCGCCACCGUGUCCGAUUUUUCUGGAACUGAUUCCUUGAUCAUUAAAAACCAGCUAAGAACAGAGCAGUACGAUUAUGCACACCUAAACGCUCCCAACUUUGUGUCGAGCUUGGAGGAUGAUGAAUAUGUUUACUUUUUCUUCCGAGAGGCAGCUGUAGAACUUAUAAAUUGCGGGAAAAAUGUUCUGUCUCGCGUUGCUCGCGUCUGCAAAUCCGACGAAGGAGGGUCUCAUAAGUUUAAGAAUCGUUGGACGACUUUUCUUAAAACUAGACUUAACUGCAGUGUUCCUGGUGACUAUCCGUUCUAUUUUGAUGAGAUUCAAUCCACUUCAAGUUUCUAUUCUACUCAGGACAAUGAUAAGGUUGUAUAUAUGGUGUUUACUACCCCCCAGAACUCUAUACCUGGAAGUGCAGUGUGCAAGUUUACGGUCAGCGGCAUAACUGACGCGUUCAUGGGAGACUUCAAAGUACAGGAAUCCACUAAUUCUAACUGGCUUCCUCUUUCUAGCUCUCAGGUUCCGUCCCCCCGCCCUGGAUCUUGUACAAAUUCUAGUCAACUUCCAGAAUCGAAUCUUCAUUUUAUCAAGAACCAUUGUCUCAUGGAUAAAGCAGUCCCUAGCAACCCAUCACAUCCAAUAUUUAUGAGGUCUGGAGUACGAGAAAGGUUUACCAAUAUAGCCGUAGAUAGGGAGGUCAGAGCCCUCAAUGGGGAGGUCUUUGACGUCCUCUAUUUGGGCACAGAUAACGGAAAAGUUUUUCAGGUUGCCACGAAUCCGCAAAACCCUGGACCUGAAACCUCCAGGAUUCUUGAAUCUCUCCAGUUGUUUCCUGAAAACACUCCAAUCCGAAACCUCCAGAUUAUCCGACCCAGCCUGGAGACAGGACAGGACGGUUUGCCUAAACUAGUUGUUGUAUCUGAUGAUGAAGUCAAAUCCGUCCCUCUGGAGCUAUGUGAUGAAUCUGUGAGCUCCAAUCUACACGAGGGAUGUACACGCUGUCUAGCUAUGAGGAGUCCGUACUGUGGAUGGGACCUGGAGCUGGGAUCCUGUGUUCCUCUCACUACCCGGAGUAGGUUGAAUGGAAUUCUUCAGGAUAUUUAUCUUGGAGUUCAUCCGUCCUGCCCUCCUCCUCCUCCUCCACCCACCCCCUCAACAACAACAACUACAACAACAACAACCACAACUACAACUACAGCUACCACUACAACAACCACAGAAGUUACGAUUGCUACAACAGAUGCUGGUGAGACUACGUCAACUGCUACUGAAGCUGACAGAAAGACGACAUCUACACAAUCGACCCUACUUCUACCCUAUCCUAGCACAACUAUACCAACCCCUUGCACAUGUCCAGCAUGCACAAACUUUUGUCCCUCCCCUCCCCCUUCCCCAUUCAGUAAACCGCAGGGAAGAGGGCAGGAUAUAGAUUCAAAUGAAGUUGAUGAUGGCGAGGUAGCAGGAGAAGUAAAUGAAGAUGAAUAUAAUUAUAUAGAAAAAGAAGAAUUUGGUUUAAACUAUCUAUCUAUCCUUGAUCCUAAACCAGUGAUUGAGGAUGAUCUAUAUGAGCUGAGUACUGUUGUAAUAUCUGCAGUAAUUACUGGGAUACUAACUCUUAUACUUGGAUUCAUCAUUGGAUACUUUGCUACAAGAUCAUGUAGUAUCAGAUCUGGAGCUUCAGUUACUUCUAGUAAUGUUUCCCUGGUCAACCCCUGUCCUUCAGAUAAAUCCAUUCAUGAAGAUUCCGGAUACAAUACUCCAACCAUACCUGGAGAUACAUCUUCUCCAUCCUACCCUGCCCCUCCCUCAUCCUUCUCCUCCACCUCCUCCUCCUACCCUCCCUCAUCCCUCACGUUCUCCACCCCCAACUCCUCCCCUCCCCACCCCAGUCCUGUUUACUGCACCCCUAAUUCCUACUCUAGUCUACCCUUUUCAGAUAAUUACAGUAAUAAUAAUAAUACUCACCGUAGUCUACCAGUUCAACAACCUACAUCAACCCUUCCCCAUCCUCCGUCAACCACUUUAACCCCUCAAUCAACCUCUAAAACCCCUAAACCAUCCUCUACCCAUGCUAGCCUGGAUACUCGUGUAUCUAUCCCUAAAAGUGAAGGUUCUAUGAGACCAGAAAAGGCUCGAGUUUCUUCCACGGGAACCUUGCAGCGAGUUAAACGUGUUUAUCUAUAAUCCCUGAGCUGUAAGCUAACCGUGUCCUAUAUAGAGCUUCAAGUGUGAAAAAAAGAAACUGAUUUUAGUUCUUCUCUUAUUCUUCAUCCUAAUCUCUCAUCUCUGAUGAAUAUCGAACCCUGAAAAGGAGAGAUAAAAGUGUUUCAUGUUUAAAGGGACUGGUUGCGGAAUUUGAAAUGAGCCCCAAUAUAAAGAGUUUCAUGCCCGAUUAACAACGGUACCCUUUAAACCUUUAUCUUAUCAUCGUUGACAGAGAUAUCCUUAUUUUUCAUGCUAAAACUCGAGUGUUCAGUCUUAAAAAUUAGAAUUUCUCAAUCAUCGCAAAUCAGACAAAGAUUUAAAGUGUACCAUUGUGAAUCGAACACAGUCUUUGUUCCAAUAGAGGGUAUUCUAGAAUAACGCCUUCAGGCUCUGCAAUCUCUCAAAGCGAUCCCAGAUACUAUAGAUUUACUUACAGACCAUGACAAAAAUGAAAAAAAUUUUAAAAUUAUAUUUUCUCACAGUCCAGUCAACCAACUGCAGUCACAGUUGAGUAUGAAUAUGUAUGUAGAGAGGACAAUGUACACAGUACAGGAAAAUUAGCUUGUUUUUCUAAAACAUUUUUGCUUUUUUAGAGUGGUAUUUUCAUUCCAUGUACGUUGUACAAUAUACAUAAAUACUCUUAAAAACCUAAACUGUGAAAGUUUUAUAUAAGUUUUUGAUUUUAAUACUUUAAAAAUGAUCCCACCUUGCCAAUUUUAAUGUAUGUUUAUAUCUAUAUAGUAUUUAUAUUUUCUGUACUUUACUGUACUGUACUGUACUGUACUGUACUGCAUUGUACUGUACUGUACUGUACUGUACGUUACUGUACUGUACUGUACCGUACUGCACGAUGCUGCCUUUUCAGCAGUUGUUCUUGUUAUUUCCUGAAACAUCAAAUUUAGUCAUUUAAAAAUC